AUGUCAAGUCUCUCUAUUCUCCAUUUCAACGAUGUUUACCGUGUUCAGCCAUUCAAGUUGUCUCCAAAUUCACCAGAAACCAUUGAUGUGACUCAAUGGGCGGCCAUGCUAGAUGAUGUGCGCGAUCAGUGGCCCAUGAGAGUCGACGGAAAGCGGGACGGUCUGGUCCUUUUCUCUGGAGACAUCUUCUCGCCUUCCAUGGAGAGCUCUGUGACGCGGGGCAGUCAUAUGGUUCCUGUAUUGAACGCAAUCGCCCCAGACGUCGCCAUGACAGGAAAUCAUGAUUUCGACUUUGCGUUGACGGACAGAUCUUUACAGCCUUGGCUCCUCAGCAAUAUUAUAGACUCCAAGACUUCCCGCGUUCCCGAACAUGUACAUGAAUUCCAAGUGUUAGAACGGUCAGGUGUUCGAGUCGGCGUGAUCGGGCUCGUCGAGAAGGAAUGGAUCGGCACGGUCUCUUCCUGGCCGGAGAAUUUCCAAUAUAAAGAUAUGGCCCAAGCCAGUAUUGGGUUAUCAAAACGCCUCCGCGAUCCCAAGGGUGAGCACAAGUGCGACAUUGUAAUUGCUCUUACUCAUGCCAGAGUCCCAAAUGAUGUAGCCCUCGCUAAAGCUAUCAAGGCAAGCUCCCCAUUCGCCCAGGAAGCCAAUCCGAUUGAAUCAGAACAUGGAGUCGAUCUCAUUCUGGGAGGACAUGAUCACCUUUACUUCGUCUCACACGGGGUGACUGCAUGGGAAGGAUACGACAUCACCGAGCCUGUAUUAGGUGCGGAAGCCGAUGAAGGUGACGUACUCGUGGUUAAGAGCGGAUGCGACUUCCGAGACCUCAGCGAGUUUACCCUCGAGCUGGCCGAUACUCCUCCUGGUAGUGUGCGCCGGAAGGUGAUCAGGAAAAUUACUGGAAAGCGCCACUCCACGCAGCCCGGGUCCAAGAAGAACCCACGGAUCGCUGAACUGCUCAAGGAUAUUCUCUCGUCUGUUUCAGAUGCAUUGAAGGCGCCUGUUUGCAAGACUGCUGUUGAAUUGGACCUCCGCUCUACCCUCAUCCGCACACAGGAGACCGCAUCAGCUAAUUGGUUUGCAGACGUCUUGCGACACGCCUACGACGAGGCGCCUAUGAUGGCAGGGGGCUCAGACGGCGUAUUCAUCUGUGCAGGCACCCUCCGCGGUGAUUCAGUUUAUAGUCCCGGGAAUAUCAUACUUGGGGAUAUCCUGGAAAUAUUACCAUUUGAAGAUCCCGUCGUUGCGCUAGAAUUAGAUGGAGAGUCGAUUUGGGAUGCGCUCGAGCAAUCACUAUCGACUUGGCCUGCACAGGAAGGUCGCUUCCCCGUUAUUUCUGGCUUCCGUGUCUCGUGGGAUUCCAGACGCCCUCCUGGACAACGAGUUCUUGGAGUGUGGCUCCUCCAAGAGCCUUCGGGUAGCGUUAGUGUUAGUCGAUCAGCUUCUCCUUCCCCUUCGCCGUCUACCUCAAUGACCAGCUUGCAAUCCAACAAAUCUGCGACCAGUGGUGCCUCAACCCCCUCGCGAGCCCUUGCCGACGGAGAAGUUGUAGCACGUACUCGUGAGGGGCGCAAAUAUCGGAUCAUCACCCGUGAAUAUAUGGCGCAGGGUCAUGACGGCUUUGGGGCCCUCAAUGGACAGCGCUAUCUCGUGGACGACGAGAGUGGACAAAUGAUGAGUCAAAUUGUCCGCAAGUAUUUGCUGGGCUGCCGCUAUGUGAACCGCAUGUCACGGAUUAAGGAUAUGGACACUCUCCAUCCUGACACCCAACACCUUAUCUCGCGCGAGAAAGCACGACAGGAACGCUACGGACGACGGCCCAAACCUCAGCCGCAUCAUUCCUCCACGAGUCUCAACAGCAAAUUGCGACACGCAGCAAAGGUUGCAUUACGGUGGACUCGAGGACACUACCGCGAUCAUAUCAGCGUCACUGGUCGUGAACACAUGAGCGAGGUAGACCAAUUUGAUGGCAGAACCUUGAGAAGAGGCACGAUCAUUGAAGCGAAAUCAGAUGGUCCGACGGGGAAUGUAAAAGAGGAAGAGGAUUUGAUUGAGAUUCAUCCUGUCGUCGAUGGCAGGCUCAAAGACGAAGGAAGGAAGUAG